GGAGCACAAAGGCGCAGUGGAUAUACGUACACAGAUGUGCUUGUUUAGUUGAAUGUUGGUGAAGCCGUCGUAAUGGGACAGAGCGACUCGCUGCCCGUCAAAAUCAAUGAAGGUGGAACUGACCAAUUAGAGGUAAAAGGAUACCAGGUCCAUCGAGGUCGAUGCGCCUUAGCAUGUCUGGCCGUGCUUCUAACGCUCGGUCUACUACUCGUAUUACUCGUUUGGCGAAAGGACAUCAAAAUGUGGAUGUUUUACCAGGAAUGUCCACUUCAACACGCUACCAAAGUGCUCGUCAAGGAUUCGUUUGGAGUAUUUUUUGAGGAAGAUGUCCUGGAGGAACGAUGCGGCCCAAUCCUGCAGCCCAAAACUCGAUUUUUUGUCAACAAAAAGGUCAAAUACGAGUGGAAUUCCGCAACACUUGAAUUUACUCGAUUACCAUGCUACGAUGCCAACAUUGAAUGUCAAUCAUUCCACGAGAAUCUCGAUGGAUUGAACAUGCAAAACGUUAACGAAAGGCACCAGAAAUACGGAGCCAAUUUUAUCCGGAUUACGGUGCGGCCAGUUUAUCGACUUAUUCUUAAAGAGAUUUCCAACCCCUUCUACCUCUUUCAAUUCUACACUAUUGUCGUUUGGAUGGCUCAAGGUUAUUACGAUUACUCGUCUCUGGUUCUAGCAACCACGAUGAUUGCAGUUGGCUCCAGUGUUUACGAAAGCAGAAAACACAUGAUGGCGUUGAAGAAAAAGGUUCAAGUGGCAGGAUCAGCCAUUGUUGUCCGCGACGGAGAAGAGAGAAGGAUUUUAACGCAGCAACUCGUACCUGGAGACAUUCUGUGCAUCAACCCAUUGGAUGAUCAAGUGCCGUUUCAUUGUGACGCCGUUUUAAUAGAAGGAACUUGCUCGGUUGACGAGUCUAUGUUGACCGGUGAAAGCUAUCCCAUCACAAAGAUGCCCGUGCCUCAAGAUCGUGAAACUUUUAAGUACGAAGCGCACAAGCGUCACAUUAUUUUUAACGGGACGCAACUGCUUCAAGGCCGUCCAGAAGGCAAUAACGUUUUCCUGAAAGCCGUAGUGAUAAGAACAGGAUUCAUGACGAGCAAAGGCGAACUCAUCCGGGCCAUUUUAUUCCCCAAACCCAUCCAUUUCCGUUUCUACGCUGACCUCAUCCAAGUCGCCAUCCUUUUCCUCGCCUUUGGAUUGGGCGGAAUGAUUUACUCCACCUACACCUGGAUUAGAAACGGAGGAAGCACCAAACAGAUUAUUCUGCAUUCGCUGGAUAUUGUGACGUUCGUGGUUCCGCCGAUGCUUCCAGCCGCUUUGACGGCGACGACAGCCUUUGCCCAGCGCCGACUCCGAGAAAAGAAGAUCUUCUGCCUCAGUGCCAAGCACAUUAGCCUUUGCGGCGGAGUCGACGUCGCUUGCUUCGACAAGACGGGAACAUUGACUGAGACGGAUAUCGACUUGGCUGGCGCCAUUCCCAUCCAGGAAGGAGAAUUUCGGAAGGCAGUGCCUCAGUUGUCGACGCUACCCGAGACUCAUCCAUUAUUGCAAACCGCAGCAACUUGUCAUACAUUGAUUAAAGUUAACGGCCAGCUCAACGGCUACUCGAUCGACCGGAAAAUGUUUGACGCCACCAAAUGGAAUUUCGUCGACGGUCCAGCCGGAGUCAAUUCGGAUUACGGAGUGGAAACGCCGUUCCUAGUCAGUUCGCCACUGUGGAACGAAAAGCGAGAAAGUUCGUUUAAUCCAACGGUGGAGUAUGGAAUAAUCAAGCGUUUUCCAUUCGAAUCGGCCCUCAAACGAAUGACGGUGAUCGUCCAGCGGAAGGGGCACGAACACUACAAUGUCUUCAUCAAAGGGGCUCCAGAAAUCAUUGCCGAGCUUUGCGAUCCUGUAACAGUACCAUCGAAUUACUACGCUGUACUGAAACAUUACACGAUGCAGGGUUAUAGAGUCAUCGCGUUGGCUGUCAAGACUCUAAGUCCUCAUUUCACAUGGAGUCAUAUUCAGCACAUGACACGAGAUGAGGUAGAAGCCAACCCGGAAUUGAUUGGUCUGUUGAUCAUGCGAAAUCAAUUAAAGAAGGAGACCAUUCCAGCCAUUCGCAUCUUACACGAGGCUAACAUCCGUACGGUGAUGGUGACAGGCGAUAAUCUUCAAACGGCUGUCACUGUAGCUAAAGAUUGUGAAAUGAUUGAUCGAGUACAAAGGGUUAUUCAAGUUGAAGCUACAAUUGCACCUGCAUCUAUUUACGGUGCCCAGCAUCUUCAAGUCCUUUAUAACGACCCAUUAUCCACGCCGGAAUUUAUCGCCGGAACGAUGAAAAAAAUGCAAGACGUCCACAACGGCAACUAUUGUUUCGCCAUGGACGGGCAAAGUUUCGAGCUGCUUCGUAUUCACGACCCGGCCUUGCUGGAUAAAUGUAUUCAUAGAGGUAAAGUCUUUGCCAGGAUGGCCCCCGAACACAAGCAACAUUUGAUUGAAGCCCUACAGAAAAUCGGGCGUCAAGUCGCCAUGGUGGGUGAUGGAUGCAACGACUGCAGCGCUCUAAGGACAGCCGAUGCGGGCAUAUCCCUUUCUAUGGCGGACGCUUCUGUUGCCGCUCCUUUUACAUCACAAGAAACCAAUAUCAGUUGCGUAGCUCCGCUGAUAUGCGAGGGACGAACUACCCUGGAUGCAGCUUUCGGUACUUUCCAGUUUGCAAUUGGAAUCUGUUUCAUCUUCUUUGUUGGCGUUCUGAUGCUUUAUUCAAUAUCGACCACUCCCAGUGAUUUCCAGUAUUUCAUUUGGGAUUUUGGUAUUGCGAUUGUGCCCUUUUUCACAAUUGGCUACGCUUCACCGCCAAAAUACCUCCAUCCACGUAGACCUCUUCGGCAUUUAUGGGCCUUUUUGCCACUGUUUUCUUUCUUCACGUUCGUGGCAUGGCAAACUAUCGUAUUGCUAAUUGGUUGGUUCUAUUGCCACGCUCAACCCUGGUUUGAACCUUACGUUUUUGAGCCGGGUAAGCAUCCGCCGAAUGCCAGCUAUGAAGAAACGACUCUUUUCAACUUGAUGAGUAUCGGCUCCAUCGUAGCGGCUUUUGUUUUCGCUCCGAGUCCACCCUACAGUCGCAGCAGUUUUUCCAACAAAAUCUUUAUGAUAUGGGCCUGUGGGGCAACUAUCCUGCUUCUUUGCGUCAUGUUUAUUACCAACGAUGGAUUCGUGUAUUGGAUAAAUUACAAGAGUCCACCGCAUCCUGAAUAUACAGCGGUAAUUCUAGUAUUGGGUCUUGCCGGUGGGCUCUUUUCUUUCUGCUGGGAGAAAUACCUGAUACGUGGGUGGAUGUACCAAUGGGUGUGGCCGCGCAUCAAUCGGCUUCGCGCACCACGUCAUACUUAUCAAAAGAUUGAAAAGGAGUUGAAAUCCAGACCGGAUUGGCCUAAAUUAGGUGGAAAAGACAUAGCUAAAGACGUCGAACAAGAGCAAUUACAAAACAGGUCUCCCAUCCCGAGUGUGAAGGGGGCAGUCGAUUCCGUCUCAGGCGAGGAUCAAAUCCCUUCAUUAAGUCCAGAACGCAACAGCCUUCGAGAUCUAGUUGAUAGAGGCAAAACUACGUUUCGAACGUUCCAGGGCAGCCGCAGAGGCGGUUACACGAUUAACGGCCCAAAACUAGAGCCAGACUAUCCACAUGAAAGCAUCCCAUUGACGGUGUCUGCUACGAAUGUCGAAGUUCCAGCAUCCGUUCCACGCUCUCCGCUACCUAAAACGACAGAUGAAGAGUCUGAAAACGAUUUCCCCCCACCACCGCCCGGUUCAUUACCAGACGAGUUUUUGAGUGCCCAGAGUUCACCAGUUCAGGUUUUGGCCAUCCGCCCAUUUGAUGACGAGGAACAAGCCUUGGCUCCGCCUCCAUUCGACAGUGACGUUCAACAAAAGAGUCCACUCAGCAGCAGGAGGGGACAAGGGAUGUUCCAGUUAGUCGACGAGAAGAGCGCGGAGCAGCCAGACCCCGAUGUCCAAUUAUUGGCCUAUAGGGUUUCCCGUAGUCCAUCAGACUUGUCGCCUUCGCGUCAGAGACGUCAUCUGAAUGGCCAUGGACCACACCCGAUGGAAUAACGCUAGCGAUAAUAUCGGCAUUACACCAGACUACUGCAAAUAACAAUUUCUGCCUUUUAUUCUGAUAAA